UUCCAUUAACAGAUUCUGAUUUGCCUCCCCCCCUAAAUGGCCAUUUAUGUCGUCACAUCUCUCUAAAUUUCCUCUUGAAGUCAUUCAUACCAUUAUAUCACAGCUUCCGAUCCAAAAUCCUCAACAAAAGUGCUAUCAUGGCUGCUGAGCUUUCUUCCCCGGGGCCUACCAACAAUCAGAGCGAGGACUGCACGAUCUGUCUUGAGGGGCUCUAUGACACGGCUAUAUCCAACCACAUCGGCCGAAUCUCCACCUGUGGCCAUAUUUACCACGCCGAAUGCAUCAAAUCCUGGUCCGACCGCAGCAGCUCCUGUCCCACGUGCCGCCUCCACUUCCAACACAUUGAUAUCCUCGACCACCACAUGGCGGUGUACGAACGGUUAGAGGUUAAAGACAAAUUUUACCAGUCGGAAGACGUGUUAAACGAGAUUCCCGAAGAAUUCAUCAAUCCUCCCGAUUCAGAGGACGAUUCCAGUUCCCAUUUUCGCCACCAGACCAACGACUAUCUCCUCCAGUCGCCCUACUCACGGUUUAUAACCUGCACGUUGUGCGAUAGCCAGAGCGGCAGCAGUAUGGUAGGCUCAAUGGUGCUGUGUGACGGUUGUUCAGGCUUGUUUCAUGUAUCCUGUCUCGGGUUGGAAGCGGGAGAACCGUGGUUCUGUCCCAUGUGCGAUUCCCCCCACGAAGGAACGCGAGCCGUAACCCCGAACAUAGGCAUAAGGCGGAGUCGGAACUCCAUUCUUACCCACAGAAUAUACGAGGCUGCCACCCGACGGAACCAAGAAAUGAGAGGCAGAGCGUUGAAUAGCAAUCCUCCGGGAUUUGAUGCAUUACCAAGUACCCCUCUUAGUAGCUUUACAUCGCUGAGUGUUUCCCUCAAUGGAUUUACAUUGCUGAGCCCCAUAGUCCAUCGAAACAGAUACGAACCGUCGCCGCCGCCACGAAAACUCACCAAAGAAGAAACCAACGCAUGGGAGCAGUUUGACAAGGCGAAAGACAUGGGGGUUGCCACCGAGCCCUCAGUAACGGCUCGGAAGCGCCAAACGGGUGAUGCGGAGCGAAAGUUUAAACGGCCAUCGCGCAGAACAAGGGGAAAUGAGACAAUAAUAGAAACGGGUCCAUCAACACUAGAAAGCCCCCAGCUCCCCAAAAAAUCGCUCGUUUCGUCUAUCCUUUCGGAAAUGAAAGCUAAUAGCUCGAAGAUUACAAUUGCCAAUGAUGGCUUGAUCAUGACAGGAAUUAAUCUCCACGAAACCAACCCCAACAUCCACAAUACCCGGUCCCUAGCGACCUUCUCGCCACCAGGAUCGCCCAGAUCGCCCGAGGCAUCAGACUCAGAUAUCGAAAUAAAGUUACCUGAUUUCUUUGGGAUUGAUGCAGGGUUUCAGCCACCCCAAAAGGGGGGUAAAAUGCGAGCGGAUCUGCCGGUAUCAAAUUCGGAGUCUGACUCUUCCAGCUCGGUGCUCACGUAUGAGAAUAAGAAACGGAUCCAGGAAAAUGUGAGGGACGUGCUUCGUCCGUUAUAUAAGGAUGGUAAGAUUGACUUUGACAAGUACACCGCCAUCAACAAAACGGUUUCUCGAAAGCUCUACAAGUUGGUUGAACAGAACCCCCCAGGGGCUAGUAGUGAGGGCUACUGGCAGAAGAUGGCUGACAAAUACACCCAACAGGAGCUUCAGAACGGAAAGACCAUAUAAUGACAAACGGGAAGGUGUUGAUUCGCGUUAAGCCUCCAGGAGAGCCUUAAGUUACGAUAUGACUAAGAGUCGGAAAUAAAGGAACGGUGUUCUGGUACGUAAUGAAAGGACGGAUAACCAAGUGGGGGUACAUAAGGUACCCGGUAACAAUAUAGAAUAUGCCAUUUUAAUCGACAAUGCUAAUAUAAAAGGGUCCCAAACCAGGGGCAGCUUUCAUAAUUAGACUGAUUUCGAUUGGCCUAUGUAAACGGGUAGCUACCGGAAGGAGCAUAUGUGGGUUUUCUCAGAUACAUAUGCGUGUAAAUGUGAGUGGCUUGUGAAGUACCGAAGGUGGCUGAGUAACCUGACCAACAGUGAUCAUCUACAAAAAAAAACGUUGCCUUGCUCUGAUCCCUGGACCUGUAUUGGCUUAUAGAUUACUUCGAAAUAAAACGGAUGCUCG